ACUGGCAAUGAUUCUAAGGCCGUGUUUGGAAAAAGUAAGGCCUUUGCUGCAUUUCAAGAAUCCAUUGAACACCCAUUGUUGUUCUCAUUCAUUCGCCAUUGAUUUCGAAGAAGAAGCUCAAACCAAGUCUUUUGAAUCUUCAAAUUAUCUCCCUGCACACCAAGUGUUUGAUGAAAAGUCUCAGAAAGUUUCUUUGAACAAUCACUUGCUAUUUGAGUACUCCCGGAAUAGUUUCAAUGUAGAAGCUCUGAAUCUGUUUGUGGGUAUUCAUCGUAAUGGAUUUUCGAUUGAUGGGUUGAGUCUUUCUUGUAUAUUAAAGGUCUCUGCUUGUCUGUUUGAUUUGUUUUUUGGUAAACAAGUGCAUACUCUUUGUGUUAAAUCUGGUUACUUUGACAAUGUUAGUGUUGGGACUUCACUUGUUGACAUGUAUAUGAAAAUGGAGAAUGUUGAUGAUGGUCAGAAAAUGUUUGAUGAAAUGGAGGAUAACAAGAAUGUUGUGACUUGGACUUCGUUGCUUUCGGGUUAUUCGUGUAAUAAGUUGGUUGAUAGAGCGUUAGAAGUGUUUCGUGUAAUGUUAGUUGGAGGAGUUAAACCUAAUGAGUUUACUUUCGCGACAGUUCUUGGAGUUUUGGCUGAUAAAUUUGUAGUUGAAAAAGGGAUUCAAGUGCAUAGUAUGGUUAUCAAGUGUGGUUUUGAGGCGACAACAUCUGUUGGGAAUUCUUUGAUUAAUAUGUAUUUGAAAUCUGGGAUGGUUAGAGAAGCUACAGCUGUAUUUGAGGGUAUGGGAGAUAGGAAUGAAGUAUCUUGGAAUGGUAUGAUAGCUGGUCUGGUGACUAAUGGGCUUUAUUCCGAAGCACUUAAGUUGUUCCACAUGAUGAGACUUGCAGGUGUGGAACUGACACGAUCGAUUUAUGUUACAGCUGUUAAAUUAUGUACUAAACUUAAAGAAUUGGUUUUUGCAAGACAACUUCAUGGUCGAGUUAUGAAGAACGGGUUCUAUUUUGACAAUAAUAUCAGAACAGCACUCAUGGUCUCUUAUACUAAGUGUGGAGAGAUGGACGAUGCCUUCAAGUUAUUCUCUAUAAUGCAUAAAUUCAGGAAUGUGGUUUCUUGGACCGCAAUGAUUGGCGGGUAUAUGCAGAAUAACAGACAAGAGCAAGCGGCGAAUCUCUUUUGCCAAAUGAAAAAGGAUGGGAUAAGGCCAAACGAUUUCACUUAUUCAACUAUUCUUGCAGCUCAUCCAUCUAUUUCGCUGUUCCAAGUACAUGCAGAAGUCAUCAAGACUGAGUACCAGAGCUCACCUACCGUCGGAACUGCAUUAUUAGACGCCUAUGUGAAAACAGGAGAUACUGAUGAGGCUGUGAAAGUUUUUGAAGAGAUUGAUGAGAAGGACAUUAUUGCAUGGUCUGCUAUGUUAUCUGGUUAUGCGCAAAAAGGAGACAUUCAAGGUGCUGUCAGAGUCUUCCGGCAACUAGUCAAAGAUGGGGUCAGGCCAAAUGAGUUUACCUUCUCCAGUGUCAUCAAUGCGUGUGUUACUUCCAUGGCAUCAGUGGAGCAAGGAAAACAAUUUCAUUGUAGCGCGAUCAAAUCAGGUCACAGUAAUGCCUUAUGUGUGAGCAGUGCAUUGGUAACUAUGUAUGCUAAGAGAGGAAACAUAGAAAGUGCAAAUGAGAUUUUCAAGAGACAACCAGAAAGAGACUUAGUUUCAUGGAAUUCAAUGAUAUCAGGAUAUGCCCAACAUGGUUAUGGAAGAAAAGCUCUAAAGAUAUUCGAGGAAAUGCGGAAAAGGAAUUUGGAUAUGGACAAUAUAACGUUCAUUGGAGUUAUCUCUGCUUGUACUCAUGCUGGACUGCUAAAUGAAGGUCAAAAAUAUUUUGAGAUGAUGGUAAACGGCUUUCAUAUUUCACCAAAAAUGGAGAUAUACUCUUGCAUGGUAGACUUGUAUAGCCGAGCUGGAAUGCUGGAUAAAGCCAUGGCUCUUAUCAAUAAAAUGCCAUUUCCUGCUGGUGCAAUUGUGUGGCGUACUCUUCUGGCAGCAAGUCGAGUUCAUCGCAAUGUAGAGAUGGGGAAACUGGCGGCCGAGAAUCUCAUUUCUCUUCAGCCUCAGGACUCAGCUGCAUAUGUCCUUCUAUCCAAUCUCUAUGCUGCAACGGGAGAUUGGCAAGAAAGAGCGAAAGUAAGGAAACUAAUGGAUGUGAGAAAAGUUAAAAAAGAGAUUGGGUAUAGCUGGAUUGAGGUUAAGAAUAAGACCUACUCAUUCAUGGCAGGUGAUGUUUCGCAUCCCCUAUCUGACAGUAUAUACAUGAAACUGGAAGAGUUACGUGGCCGAUUGAAGGAUGCAGGAUAUCAACCGGAUACAAAUUAUGUUCUUCAUGAUGUGGAAGAUGAACAUAAAGAAGCCAUUCUUUCUCGGCACAGUGAAAGGUUAGCUAUUGCUUUUGGAUUGAUUGCCACGCCUCCAGGAAUUCCCAUUCAGAUUGUGAAGAAUCUCAGAGUUUGUGGCGACUGUCACACUGUUAUUAAAUUAAUAUCAAAGAUAGAAGGAAGGCAAAUAGUCGUCAGGGAUUCAAAUAGAUUCCAUCACUUUAAAGGAGGUUUAUGUUCUUGCGGUGAUUAUUGGUGAAUUCAAGCUCUUCGAAUAGACGAAGAGAUAGCAGCAUAUCACAGUUGGUUCCUGUAUAAGCAAAGGCACCAUUAGCUAAUGGAGCUUUAGCUUACAGGCCUAUACCCGAAGUUGCAUCAAUUAUCAGCCUCCAGAUAAUACUAUUUCUAAUGGUUGUUUUGUUCAUGGAUUCAAACUUUGAUAGUGCACAGUCUAGAGGAAGAAACAGAGAAUUUUCCAACUUCACAUAUCUGCCGAUUCAAGUUAUUUUAUUUAUGGACUGAGGGAUAGAAAUGCUGUCAUUUUGGCUGAUUUUUAAGAGCAGUUGACAGAUCACGAUCUGCCUUACAGAAAACAAUCAGAAACUCAGAAGAAUUAAUUUGAGUGGAGGUUUAGUUUUUUCCUGAAGAUAAAGAGAGUCAGAGCCUCUUGUCAAUUACCAAGACUCAAAGUAUGUCUUCUGGUAUUUUGUUCAAC